UGACGACACGGGCGGUAGUGCCGCGUCCUGCCCGGCGCUCGGGGCUCGGCUGGGGCGAGAGGGGCGAGACCCCCGCCGCGCCGCGGAGCCAUGUUCCACCUGGGGAAGGCCGUUCUCUCGGAGAGCUUCCUGGGCUACAUUUCUUGGUCUCUUUACCAUGCACUGCCACCAAUGAUCUAUUACUUCCCCCUUCAGACACUGGCACUCACAGGUCUGGAAGUCUUUGCUGUUGCCUUCUUUUCUCCAGUAUUCUUGAUAAUUGGCCCUUUUUGGAGAUUGGCUAACAAUAAGUACAUCCUAGCCCUUUUGAGACUCACUUUGGUUGGAAGCUUAGCAUCAUACCAGGCACCAAAUGCUCCAGUUAGACUAGUCAUCUUGGCUGCAGGUGUUUCCUCCUCAUUGCUGGUUCAAACAGUAACAUGGUGGUCAGGAAACAGUUUACAAAGGUUCAUCAGGAUAUGGGGCUUCAUGCUAGGCAAGAUAAUGCUCCUUGUUCUUCGCAUCUGGUAUACAUCACUAAACCCAGUCUGGAGCUCACAAGCUGCCAAUACUGUCAUACUGGCAAUUGGUUUUAUAGCAGCAGUAGAGCGAAUUUAUUCAGAUGGAAAUAAGAGGAAACAAGAAGCAAACAAAACUUGUAAUGCAGUUAGAGAGACUGUUUCCCACCCUCGUUGGCUGUUGUCGGGGAUUGCUUUUGGCAGCCUCAUGUUCCUCACCCUGUGGAUAUUUGGGGAGGUCUCAUUAAUUUCUAGAUGGGCAGUAAGUGGACAUCCACAUGCAGGUCCAGAUCCUAAUCCAUAUGGAGGUACAGUUCUGUUGGGCUUGGCUCAUGGGCUUAUGCUUUCAUUUUGGAGCUGGUCUUCAGCUACCAGUUUUGCCUGGUUUCUUGUAGGUUUAACAUCAUCAGCUGGUCUCCUUUAUUUACACACCUGGAGUGCUGCUGUUGCAGGCAACAUUCUUGCUGUCUUUACUAUGUGCGUGUGGCCUCAACUGGCUGGCCACUUUGUUAGCUGUCUGCAUCCUGGGAAAGCCAUGAGUGCCGCCAUGUUUGCCUAUGUUCUUGAGUUAUUCUUCUGUGUGUGGUGUACAGCUUAUAAAUUUGUACCUGGAGGAAUUUAUGCUAGAGAAAGCUCCCAUCUUCUUUUAGGGUUUAUAAUGUUAUGUAUUGGGGUAGACUUUCUAACAGGACCCAAGAAAGACCUCAGCUCUAUCUUUGAAGUGAAAAGCAACCAAAAGCCGCUAUUCCGAAAGAGUAAAAACUGUAUUAAAAUACUAUUGUGGCUGUUUGUUGGUACUGGUUUGCUAGGAUUGGGUCUACGUUAUAAAACUUACCAGAAGAAGCUGGGCCAAGGGGUUCCCAAAAGAGACUUCUCUGCUAUGAUCUGGCCUUUUAGGUUUGCAUAUAACAAUGAAGGAUGGUCUAAUUUGGAAGGAUCAGCUGAUCUGCUUAAUCAGACAGAUGCAGAUUUUAUCACUAUUAUAGAGAGUGAUGCUUCUAAACCAUUCAUUGGGAACAAUGAUCCAACAAUGUGGCUAGGAGAAAAACUAGGAUUUUACACAGACUUUGGUCCAAGCACAAGAGAUCACACUUGGGGGAUUAUGGCGCUAUCACGGUAUCCAAUUGUAAAAUCUACCCAUCACCUCCUUCCAUCUCCAGAGGGAGAGAUUGCACCCGCCAUCUCCAUGACUGUCAACUUCACAGGGAAACUGGUUGAUUUUGUUGUCGCCCACUUUGGAAAUGAAGAGGAGGACUUAGACAGAAAACUCCAGGCUAUAGCUGUUUCAAAUAUAUUGAAGACUAGCUCUAAGCAAGUUGUAUUUCUAGGAUACAUCACUUCAGCUCCUGGAUCCAGAGAUUAUACUGAAUUAAUAGAAAAUGGAAAUGUCCAGGAUAUUGACAGUACAGAUCGUGACAGAUGGUGUAGUUAUAUUAUGUAUCGAGGAGUAAUAAGGUUGGGCUAUGCCCGCAUAUCUCAUGCUGGUUUAAGUGAUUCAGAAAUCCAGAUGGCCAAAUUUAGGAUCCCAGAUCACUUGGAUAGCUAUGUUGACAAUGACAGAAUCGUCACUGAUCCCAGCGAAGUUCCUGAGGACAUCCAUUUCAGUCCUAGGUUUGGAUCUUAUAAAGAUGGACAUAAUUAUGAGCAUAUUCAUCACUUUCAUAUGAGCACUCCUAAAUAUUUUAAACAGACAAAUUAGAAUGAGAAAAUAAUACAUGGUUGGGACCAACAAAAAAGGUCAGUUAAAGUUUCUAGGAAUAUACAUGAAGAGACAGCAGUACAUCAGGAGCCCACCAGUGUGUAUCUGAGAACAAGAAAGACGGACUCUAGGUAACAUGUAAGAGAGGAACUUGUGAGACUAAUGGUACCGGAUUCUGCAGGAGGGUGGAGACUUGAGUCUCCUCUUACAUAUGUUCCUACUCUGGGGCCUUGUCUGAGGCAUUUCUGUGUGUAGUGUAAGCUUGGCUUCAGGAACCCUGGCUCUGAUGUUGUCACAGAGCACUCUAAAACCUGGGAGCUGCAGUUCGAACCUCUCGAGCUAAGAAGGACCCGAAAUUGUUAUUUCCCAUUUUUACACAGGGUGUAAGAGCUCCAAGCUUAUUACUAAAGUUGGGCACACCCUUCGGGUUCGGGCUGGAGCUCAUGUUACUGAAACAAGCUGGGUGCAGCUUCAGUGUGCAGGUGGCCAGCUCCCAUGCUCUCACUGAAACAGAGCACCAAAGAUGUCCUCUACUGACAGUUUUGUGCCCCCAGAGGUGCUGGUUGUCUUGAUCCACCUCCAGGUUCAGGCUUUACAUGGCUUCCCAAUUAUGAAUUAAGCAGAUUUUAUUUUUUUUUUUAAUUUCAAACUGAAGCUGAAAACCCCCUAUAAAUCCAGUUGAAGUAUUUAAAUAUGAGCUAACAACAGCCCUGAAACAUGUUCUUUCUCAUGUACAUAAAAUUGCAUUUGUUUGCAGGAUGUUACAGAAGGACCUUUGAGGUCAAAGUCAUAUGUCUGGGGCAAGUGUAACAGAACAAAUGUUUCUACUUCAAGGAGAAGCAUGAGUCCAUGGGACAGGGCAGUUAGAGUGAGCUGAAUUGCUUAAGGAGGAGUGAUUUGGAAGUUUACGUACUCUGCAGCUGCUGCUUUCUGCCACCUGAGGUCCUCCUUUAUCCUCUUUUAUCCCGGUGCUGGUCUGCUGACACUGUGCAAGAAUAGGGCGCAGUUGACGUGUUUCAUUGUAACUUUGAGGGUGAAAAAUCUUUUCGGAAGCAUUACAGAGAGUUGUUUGUAUUGACUUGGGUAUCAGUCACUUUUUCAUAUCUGCAAAUGGUUUAUAACUGCGAUUGCUGGGCUUCUGGUAUACAAUUUGUUUCUUUUCUUACAAUGCCCUGUACUGUGCUUUGUUGUUACUUUAUCUGCUUUGUUAGCGUUCAGCAAAUUCUGCUUUGGUAAUGUUUUCAUUUUCACUACAGUUCUCUUCCCCCUCUGACUUAUCACAUAAUGGCUUGUGAUUCUGGUGCCUAAAAUCAACUUUCAAGCUCGUUUCUAAGCAAAGCAAGAUGAAUGAAGGUAUUUGAGAGAUGCAGUGGCUUUAGCAAUUUGGAGUCUGAUACCCUUUGGAAACAGGGGGGAUCCUUUUUCUCCAAGGUGCUUCUGCACUAUGUUUCUGAUAGUGGAGAAGAUAAAAGUAAGUAAAUGGCUCCUCUUUCUCAUGUUAGUAUUUUUCAGUCUAUGGUAGCUUUUUAUGUGGUUGUCAUUUUAGCCAUCAAUUAAAAAAAAGCAAUGUAGCCAUAAAAAGGAAGGCAAUAACGGUUUCUCCUUGGUUGCAGUUUUAAGUUUGCUCUAGCAGUGUGUAAACUGGCUGAUGCAUUUCCUGCCCCUCACCAGUUCUUGGUUUGUCACCUGUGUGUUGGUGAGAGCAUCUGCACAUGUGUAGUGGGCCAGAUCGGGAUAUUUCGUCUGGCUGGAAAAGAAGCAAAUGAACAAAACCAUGACAAGUGUUGAGGUUUUUUGCUUUGGCUUGGGUUCUUGGAGACAGUCUUCCUCUUUGAUCUACCUUGCAAUCCCACUGUCCAAAUGGUUGCACUGGCACAAAAGAAAGGAUGCUAGGAAGGCUCUAUUAAGAAGCCUCUUAAUAGAGGCUAAUGCUGGAACUGCUUAAGCUGUCUCUGUCCUUGAGACAGUGCUUGAUCCACCACGACCUGAUUGAUCUGUUCUAUGUAAGACAAAGUAUUUCUGUGUUCUGUAAACUCAAGUUUCAGAAAGAAAAUACAGGCGUGAUUUCAUAACAUCUGCCAGCCUGGAGACUUGCAUAAUGGUUUACAACUAGUGGUAACACAGGAGAUAUUUAUAUCUUCUUCAGGCUGGCAUGAAGGUGCAUGUUGUAAUGGGCCUUGUUCUCAUGGGGCAGGCCUUUUCUGGCUGAAACAUACAUUCCCUUGUUUAGCAGGCAGAAGCAGAAAACAAAGUCUCUUUUGUGUUUCCUUAUGGACUUCCUUGCAGGUCUAGUUCUUAAGGGUCAGGGAUUAUACUUGUGCUUUCAGCUAUUGAAAAGUAUUUUGAACUUCUGUUUGUCAAACCUACAGUAUUAUUUGCUUUGCACUUGCAGAUAGCAGGAGUUACAGAAGCUAUAGGCUAAGGAAAGGGUUGUAAAGCCAAGGUAGUAUCUUUCAUUUUAGACUAACAUAAAUGGGGGGAAAAAAGUACAAACCUUUCUGACUUCAGAUGCCACCUCUCUUUAGAUCUGUAUGAGUAUACAGCUAUGUAAGGCAUGGAAGAAGAUUUUUUUAAAAAUACAUUGUUAUUCAGA